CGGUUCCCGGGAUUGGCGGAGCCGUGCCAGCUCCAUGUCGCGCAGGGCCAUGGAGCAGCCCCGGCGCAUCACCGACUCCUUCCCACGGCGGCGGCGGCGGGGCCCGGGGCGGCCCCCGGGCAGGCUUAAGGACAAGAACAAGAAGGACAAGGACAAGGUGCAGGUAAAGGUGCGGGAAUGUCCCCGCACCCCCUCGCAGCGCCCCCCGGACCCGGCGCUCCUGGAGAUGUUGCGGCGCUUCGACCUCUCCUGGGAAUACGGACCCUGCACCGGGAUCACCCGCCUGCAGCGCUGGGAGAGGGCACAAGAGCUGGGGCUGAGCCCCCCCGGCUCCAUCCGUGACGCCCUGUUGGAGCACAAGGAUAACCCCGAUGUCACCUACAGCCUCUGGCACGAGUACGAGCUCUGAGCCGCCGCACCGAGGGAGUGGUGGUGGACUGCCAGACCCUGUUCCAGGGACACCCUGGAACACAUGCCAGGAGGAUUAAAGCUGGUGUGAGCGAA